AUGGGACGUGGGCUUGGCUUCCUGCUGGAGACACUCCUUUCCAUCGGGAGGAAGGAGCGGGCCACUGACGUGGACGACAGCCAGCGGGACCGAGGAACUAAGAACUACAACCUGAGAUGCACACUAUGUAAAGGCCUGCCCCUCUACACCUGUGAGCUGUACCUGGGGCUGCGACAGAAGCUCGUACUCCGCCACCCUCAGGGAAAGACGCUCGCACCCACGCACGACGGUUCGGGGGGCUUUUCAGAAGAGGGGAAGGACGCGGAGGGAGCGAGGAGGAGGAGGGGGCUGGGUCUGGGGAUGUUAUUUAGCCUCACCUCCCCACUCGCCAAACCGCUCCUGAAGGAGUGGACGAGCGACUGGACAUCGUUUUUGGACACGCUUAAGUUUCCUGCGGAGGACGAAGUAGCGCCGCGUGUCAGCGCCGCUCGACCGAAGGGACGAAUCACCGAGGUCUUUUUCCUUCUGGAUUAUGGCCUGGCGGCCACUGAAGUCUCUCUGGCGCCGCUGGAAGAUGCGGACCGAGCUGCGGGCCGUGUGGAGAGCCCCCGGCUAGGCGCUUUUCAGAGGAAGCUGUUCACAGUCCUCCAGUGGCAGGGACCCACCACCGACGGGGUCGGAGCUCAGCCCUACAGCGGCAGCCCCCGAGUCUGCCAGCAAGACCCCUUCAGCGGCGGGAGGAAACGGAUCUGGCUGGGAUUUUUAUUCCGGUGUAAGGAGAUGCUAGAUCUCGUGAUCGCUCACAGUGUGACUGCCGACUCCCACAGCCCUGUUGUUUGGAAGCAAAGUGCCUCGGCGCCCAUUCGUCUCUCCCCGGCGCCCCAUGUGUCCCCAGAUAUUAAAACAGAAGACAAUCUGAGCCACUCGCCCGGGCAGAACAGCCUCCUCACCUACGCUUCCAACUUCAGCAGCACCCCCUCCGGACAGGCCCUGUACAGCUACCCCACGCACGGCAGCAGUAUUUCCUCUGGCAUUUUCCAAGGGCCCAAUGGGAUCUGCAGCUCAACCCCAUUUAGCCCCACCCAGCAGGACUUCACUGCCUACCCUACCUUCAGCCAAAGCCAGUAUUCCCCUUACUACAGUUCGCACUACAACGCCCCCUACCUCACAGCCAGUAACGUCAGCCCGUCCGCCAUCACCACGGCGAUACCCUACCAGCACCCGGAACACCCCCCUGCUGCCACCAAUCAGAGCCCAGAGUCACUAGCAGGAGAGUACCACCCCCCGCCGAGCCCUCCCACCCCCAGCAAGGAGCUGGAUGGGGGUCCCGCUCGGAGACCUUCGGAUGGGAAGCUGCGCGGCAGGAAGAGGACCAGCGAUCCCGCGCCCCCCCUGGACUCCGAUAUCGAGCGCGUGUUUGUGUGGGACCUGGAUGAGACCAUCAUCGUUUUUCACUCCCUGCUCACUGGAACUUUUGCCUCUCGGUUCGGGAAGGACUCUUCCAAGGCUGUUUCUCUGGGACUGUGGAUGGAGGAGAUGAUUUUCAACCUCGCGGAUUCUCGCCUCUUCUUCAACGACCUGGAGGUGAGGGCUGUCUGCGCUUAUUCUGGAGCGACGCGUGUCUCUAGUAGAACCUCUGGCUCACCUUUCCACACGUACAACUUUGCAGCCGAUGGCUUCCAGAGCCCAGCAGGGGGCGCCACGCUCUGCUUGGGGUCGGGGGUUCACGGCGGGGUCGACUGGAUGAGGAAGCUGGCGUUCCGGUACCGCCGAGUCAAGGAAGUCUACAACACCUACAAGAACAACGUAGGAGGGUUGCUGGGCAGCCCCAAACGGGAGGAGUGGCUUCAGCUGCGGAGGGAGAUGGAGGUGCUGACCGACCUGUGGCUGACCCACGCGCUGAAGGCCCUGGCCCUCAUCAACUCCAGGCCGAACUGUGUGAAUGUGCUGGUGACCACGACCCAGCUGAUCCCAGCGAUAUCCAAGGUCCUGCUGUACGGGCUGGGCACAGCCUUCCCCAUAGAGAACAUCUACAGUGCUACCAAGACAGGGAAGGACAGCUGUUUCGAGCGAGUGGCCCAGAGGUUUGGCCGCAGAGCGGUGUACGUCGUCGUGGGGGACGGCGUGGAGGAGGAGACGGCUGCGAAGAAGAGAAAUAUGCCCUUUUGGAGGGUAUCCUGCAGAGCUGACCUGGAGGCUCUGAGCCACGCACUGGAGCUCGACUACCUCUAGGGGGCAGUGGCUCCUGUGAAUCCUCCUUCACUCGUGCUCUGGAGCUCUGGGGAUCCCUGGCCCUCAGUUUCAAGAACAGCACGGACCACUCCCUCUACCAGCAGCACAUCCGCUUAAAACAAUAUGAAAUGUUGCGAGUCUUCAUUACAGAUCCUGUCAAAUGAGUGUGGUAGAAGAGAGGGUGUUAAUUCUUAACUUGGCAGGAGGUUUUUCUCAUCUUUGAUUACGGCAAAGUUGCACUUCGACAAGAACCAAAGGCGAGAGAGAACUGUGUCGUUGGGGAUCCGUAUUGGAGAGGGAACUUUGUUUCAAUGUUUGUUUAACACGGGAGGGUUGGAAGGAGAAAAUCCCGCAGGUCUGGGCGUUGUGACCGAUGUCAUCAUUGAUGCGAACAUCUGGGUCGCAGGUUCGAAACCCCUCCCCCCUGCCGUGUGCCGACGGACAGCUUCACAGGAUUGGUAGCUUCAGGAAGCUUGCUCUGGUGGGCAGUGGACACCUGUAGUCGGAUUGUCUCGACCCUUUAUCGCGCAGUGGUCUGUGGGCGAGUCCACAUGCAGCCAUCGAAAUGAACGAUGCCUCAGCUUGGAAACGACCCGGAUAGACUGCACAAUCGCUUCCUGAUUCCUUCUAUAGAGAUCUUUGUUGUUGUUUUUUUAAAUCGUGCACAAUAAAUCUGGAAAAAUGAAUUGGAGUAAAGAGAAGGUGUCUUGCCAGUCUCAGUUUUCCAGGAUGUCCUCUUCUGUGGACAGACUUAAAUAGAGAAAAAGGACACUGACAGGGACACAAACGUGCCUCUCAGCAAGAAUUAGCCAUAUGGACACGCUCUGUGGUUCAGAUAUUUGGGAACUGGGAAAAUUGUUGAAUCAGUUUGAAACCUGUUGAUUAAUUUAUACUCAAAAAAGGGACGUGAGAUACUGAUCAAUUGCACAAUUAUUUCAUGGCCUUCUUUUUCCACAGCAGCACAGGAAUCACUGCUAAUUUAUUUUUGGAGGUGGGGGGUUGCUUUUUUUGCUGGAUGUUUGUGUUUUUUUCUGAUUUUCAUAUGGCUGUACUUGGAAAUCCACUGUUCAUUCAAAGGCAUCUCUCUGAAUGAAAGAAAAGAAGAAUUGUGGUGGUGUGUAUGGGUCAGGGUUCAGGUCAGUGAAGCACCUGAAAUACUGGAGGUUUUCAGUUUAAUGCUAAUAGAGGCCUUUUCCCUUAACUAAAGUACUGAUGCCCAUAGAUCUAUGCAAGAUAUAUUAUAUGAUAUCAAAAUGGUCAGGGCAUCUUCCCUGAAAUCAAGAAACGCUUAAGGUGAGAUUUAACUUCAGUAUAUUUUAUUUUUUCAUCUUAAUUUAAGAUGGAAAAAUUAAGAUGAAUACUGAAUUUAAGGUGUUUUAUUCAGACUGCCCCUUUACAGGGUGAGAAGCUCUUGCAAUGGGUUUUAAUUGAAAGAUAGUUGCAAGUGGCGUCCGAGCAGGGGAUCGUGACCCCCCAGCAAAACGCGCCACCUCCUCGCUCGCGUGGAGACAGGGAGACACCCGGUCCACGCGCGUCCUCCAGGGCUCGCUGUUAAUUCUAGACUGGCCAGGACUCAAGUCGCGUAUCUUGACAGCAAGCCGCAGUGGAGGAGGUGGAAAACACUGUCCGUAGUGUCCCCAGUGCCCUGCAAGGCUCUUUCACUGUAGGGGUGGAGCAGCCCCUUGUAGCUCGAACCCAGGCCGGGACAGCCUGUCUCUAUUCCUAGACCCUGCUAGAAAAUCCGUCUCCCAGCAGUCUUCCUGCAUAGCACAGGAUGCAGAAUGAAAAAGAGCACCCCUGGGCGUCAGCCGGUUCAAUGGCCACUGCAAUACAGCGUCAAUGUCCUUCUUGUUGUAGCAUCCUUACAUUUAUACUACAUUGAUCCUAAAGGGCACAAGACCUUUAAACCUCCAAAUGUUAUGGGACAACAGUGGCUUUCUCAAUUUAAAAAGGCCUUAUCGCUAAACCAAGUGCUCCUUCUCCUAGCCCUGAGUCAUUCAUGGAAACUGUCUGCCAGCGACUGGCAUUCUGCUUUUUUUCAAUAAGAAAAGUAAGGGCUGUAGAGUCACUGAGAAGGGAAUCGUAAUGGUCAGUCUCAGUGAGGGCUUAUUUGUGUAUAUUUUGUUGUAUUUUCUUUCUUCUGUUUUGUGUUUAAGGAUUUUUUAUACAUAUUCUGUACAUAUAUAAAUCUCUAAUAAACUGGUAUGGGGUGUUCCUGGACUUUGCAUGUGUCUGUUACACUGUGCCUUCCUCUGCCUUAGCCAUGAUCUGUAUAUACUUUUGUUUUGUGAUUGUGACACUCAUAGAAUAAAACGAUUAAUUU